AAGGCGGCAUGUUGGGGUGCACCCGGCACGCCCCUGGCAUCGGGGGCCCUGCCCGGCUCGGAGACCUGGAGGCCUCCAGACGUAGGAAUCUUCCGGAGAAGGAGGCAGAGCCGGGGCUGGGGGAGGUUUGAGAAAGCCCCUGCCUGAGCUGCUGGGAUGUGCAGCCUCUGCAGUCAACCAGCGCACGGGGACAAGGCCCUGGGGGGGACAGGGCCGAAGACAGGCUGGGGGACCCUGCAGAGAGUCCCUGGGUGGACGGGGGACUGUCCCCGGGCUCCUCUUGGUCACUCGCUCAGUUUCUCACUCAGCCUUGCCAUCGUCCCGCCCUCCAUGCCUGGAUCCAAAGCCCGGCUCUUCCCUGGCGAGUCACUUGGCCUCCCUCGGCCUCAGCGUUCUCACCCGGAGAAUGGGCAUGAUUGUAGCACCUCCCCUCCAGGCAGACCUCUGGAGGCAGUGAGAAAUCCCCUGUGAGAAACUUAGCAUAGGAGCUGGUACCUGGUGAGCGGGGAAAGUGUGAGCAAUUAAUUCAGCCAAGUCAGUCAAGAUGCAUUUAUUGAGCGCUUACAGUAUACUCGACAUGGCGCAAAAAACCUCGAGGAUGCAGAGAUACGUCCCGGGGGGCGACAUGGUCUCCGCGGCAGCCCCCAGCGUCCUCCUGGCUCUGCUGCUGCUCCUGCGGCCUGUGCCCGCGGCAGCCGCCCGCUCCGCGCCCCUGCAGGCCGCCUUCCUGGAGGAGGUGGCAGGCAGCGGGGAGGCCGAGGGCCCGUCGGCCUCCUCGCCCAGCCUCCCGCCACCUUGGAGCCCGGCCCUCCGCCCCACGACUCUGGGCCCCCAGCCCACGCUGCGGGCGGGCCCCUCGCCCCCCACCAACCUCCUGGACGGGAUCGUGGACUUCUUCCGCCAGUACGUCAUGCUCAUCGCCGUGGUGGGCUCGCUGGCCUUCCUGCUGAUGUUCAUCGUCUGCGCCGCACUCGUCACCCGCCAGAGGCACAAGGCCUCGGCCUAUUACCCGUCCUCCUUCCCCAAGAAGAAGUACGUGGACCAGAGUGACCGGGCCGGGGGCCCCCGGGCCUUCAGCGAGGUCCCCGACAGGGCCCCCGCCGGCCGGCCCGAGGAGGCCCUGGACUCCUCCCAGCAGCUCCAGGCCGACAUCCUGGCCGCCACCCAGAACCUCAAGUCUCCGGCCAGGGCGGCCCCCGGCGGUGGGGACGGAGCUAGGGUGGCGGAGGGCGGCCAAGGGGCGGACCGGGACGCCCCGGGGGAGCGAGGGGGCCCAGCGCAGGAGCCAGAGAGGCUGCAGGAGCCGUGCUCAGGGGGCGCCGAGGAGGCCCAGGCAGCUGGCGAGGGCCAAGGGGGGCCGGAAGGGUCCCUCUCGGUAGCCCAGGAAGCCCAGGGACCAGCGGGGCCCCCCGAAAGCCCCUGCGCCUGCGGCAGCGUGCCCCCCAGUGUCUAACGGGCCUCUCGGGCUACGGGCCCUGACUGUCAGACCCCAGGCGGUCGCCUCCCUGCGCGUGAAAAGGCCUUCAGUCCCGCCUGCCUCCUGACGCCCCCUCCUUGGCCGCCCGGUGCCAACCCCAGCGUGUCCCGAGUCCGCCGACAGCAGAGAUGCUGGUCCCAGGGCCACGGGGCUCCGGGACGGCCGCCUCUGUGGCCCCAAGGGGCCACAUCCUGCAGCACACACCCCAGGAGGAGGAGGAGGAGGAGGAGGAGGAAGGACACAUCCUUGUUAGAACCACGACAAAAUGGCCCGGGAAAUUAGCCUCGCCGAUCGGGAGUCAUACGUCACAGGUCCCUCGUGAGACAGCAGACGUCGCUGCUUUUCUGUCCAGGCAGCAAAGACAAACAGGCGGGCAGGAGUCCUGGGCGCGGUUGGCGAGGGCCCUGGGGUGCCCGGGCUGGCAGGGCGAAGGCGGCCUGGGCUGGCCGGAAGCAGUGUUUUGGAACUGCCAGUGAUCCCACCCUUUGUGUCCUCCCAAGCCUGCAUACGUUAGCGUCACUCUGCCCCUGCUCAGAGCCUCCGCCUGAUUCACUAGGACGCUUCCGUGGGGGGGUCCCUACCUACGAGAUGACAGGUCCCUAAACGAGUGUUUCCCAAACCGGGUUCCCUGGGGCGCUCCAAAGAAGCAACAUGUCAAGGUCAAAUUCGUCCAGGAGACGCUGCUUCUCUAGCCACCUCCCCUGCACGCCCCGCCACCUUUCCUUAGAGCACUGCAGGGCUCUGACAAGUCCCGCAGGAGAGGCUGCUGUUGAAUGUGGUUUUGCCUAGCUUGUCUCAAACAUCUUUUAACCUUGAAGCCCUUAUUAUUAUUUUUGUUUUCUUAUAGCUACGGGUGAAGUCCUGUAGCACGCACUCUGGAAAACACUGCCCUGAAUUUUCCCAGAGGCGCUCCCGUGUUUGUGGUGGGCCCAGGGUUAGGGGGUGGGGGUGGGGGUUCAGCCCCGCUCAGGCGCCCCCCCAGCCCAAGCAACCUGGUCUUGGGGUGAAUGUCUCAUGUCGCUACCGUGGCUGGGGUGGGGGCGGGAG